GUUACUAAGCAACUAAAGUAAAAGCGGCUCCAACAUUCCACCAAACACUUGGUCUGCAUUUCUUUGCCUCCGUACUGUGGCAGUUGCUGCAGCUGCAGUUGCAGGCUGCGCUGCCUCAUCAACAUUCAACAACGUUGAAUAACGAAAAUGGAAUCAGCAUCACCAUCUUCUUCUUCUUAUUAUUAUCUUUCGUCGUUUUACCAAUCAGCGAAACCCUUGCUGGCUGUCUCAAUCGCGUUCCUUAUCGCCUUCAGAGCUCACAGGAAGAAAUCCCUCAGCGCUUCUGGAGCCUUCGCUGGCUUCUUCGUUAUGGCGCUUCACAUUUUUGUAGGAAGCAGGUUUGGGGUGAUGCUGCUGGCAUUCUUUUUCACUUCGUCGAAGCUUACGAAGAAAGGACAAGAUAAAAAGCGAAAGCUUGAUCCUGAAUUCAAAGAAGGUGGACAAAGAAAUUGGGUACAAGUUCUAGCCAAUAGUGGCAUUGCGUCAGUUUUGGUUGUAGCUAUAUGGGCAUUAGCAGAAGGGCAGGAUAAGUGUUUGGACUCUAAAGACUCAGUUCUGAUCACUUCUCUCAUUGGUGGUGUUAUUGGCCACUACUCCUGCUGCAAUGGAGAUACUUGGUCCUCAGAGCUUGGAAUUCUUAGUGAUGAGCAGCCUCGUCUGAUAACAACAUUCAAGCCAGUGAAGAAGGGUACAAAUGGUGGUGUGACUAAAGCAGGUCUUUUAGCAGCCGCAGCAGCUGGAAGUGUCAUUGGAAUAUCUUUUGUUCUUCUGGGAUUUAUGACAACUACAUGUGGCUCUGAUAUAGCUCUUAAACAACUACUGGUCAUACCUAUUGCUACCCUGGCAGGGCUAGUAGGAAGUGUCAUUGAUUCUCUGUUGGGUGCAACCCUACAAUUCACCGGAUUCUGCUCGGUUCGAAAUAAGAUUGUUGGGAAGCCAGGACCAACAGUUAAAAGGAUCUCAGGAGUCAAUAUUCUAGACAACAAUGCGGUCAACCUUGUAUCUAUACUUUUGACCACAAUUUUGACUUCAAUAGCUUGUUUAUACAUAUUCUAAAAUUUGUAACUUAUUGGUGGUAGAUGUUCUUUUACUGUUGUAUUUUCAUUCAUCAGUUAGAAUGACAUAAGCAAUAAUGUAUUAUCAUCUUAAAUUAAUAGAACAUGAAAAGCAAGAUACAUGAUAGGAAUCUGUCUGAUAGUUCCUUGGUAAUUUGUGCUACCCCUAAUUGAUUUUGGUGUUAGCAACUUAACCAAAAAGUUUAAUGAA